ACGAGCUGCAUAGUCCGGGAGGAGAAAAGCAAAACAGGUACGAUCCCUUUCCGAGUUGAUGUAUGCUUUUCGACGCCUUCGUCCUUAUUUCGGAACAUACUUUCUUUUUAAGAUUUGGCUGGUAUGGACUAGACCCGAGCCGUGAAACAUGAAUAAAUAAAAAAAACUUAAAAUGUCAGAUAUGUCAGUGUCAAUGUCACAUCCGCUUUUGUUGUGAUGCGAGAGAUUUUUGAAACGUGAACGUUGUAUUCAAAUGUACAUUUUAAUUUUGUUUGUAAUUUUAUGUACAUAACGAGUUUCAGACUGUCUGACUCAGCAUUCGGUGUAAGUGAUGUAAUCCUUUCUGCUACAUUCACUUGUAGCUUGACGGUACAAUUUACCUUGUUUGCCACUUGUUGUAUCAAUCCAUGAAGAAAGUGCGGUUUGAGUCUCCGGUUCGAUGCUGUAGUCAAGCGAUGGAAGAUUCAGAAUGUCAAUCACCCCGACCUUUUAUGGAAAGGCAGGAGGCAGUGCAUCCAGACCUGUGUUACAAUUACCCGAGAAUAUUGCCAUACAGUCCAGAUCCAUUUCAGAGGUAUGAGUGUAGCAAUACUUCACCGUAUCCCGUAGUACCGAAAACUAAUGUGGAAAGUAUCAACGAACAUGGACCUCGAUGGCCUUCUAAUGACCUGGAGUUGAGUAUGCUGGAUAGUUCAGAUCAUGAACCCAGACAUCCACCUAGUUAUACAAAGCAUCAAUUUACAAAACAUAAUGUUUUAAAUAAACCUGGCAAUUCACACAACACACUUGGUUCUAGUGAAUCCCCAAAGGUACCAUUUCAAGUGUUGUCUUCCAUUGAAAAUACCAAAGUGAAUAAACCCGUAGAAAAUCUGGCUCAAGAUAAUAAUUUCUUUAUAAAAAGAGAUAAUAUACAAAAAAUAUUUUCUGAGAAUAUAAAUCCAUUACAGACUCAGAUGAAUAGACUGAGUUUAUCAAGUGAAAACAAUCCUCUUAGCAAGAAAGCUGAACUUAUGAGACUAGCUAGUACACAAGUUUCCCCAAUGCUUGAUAAUCAGCAGAAGAAUAUUCAUGAACCAAUGAAACCAGAAUCUACAAUUCCCUAUGAAUGUAGAUGUCAUCACUGUGUAAAAAUUAUACAAAAUGCACAACACAAUUUACCUGAUCACCUGAUUAACAGGAACCAAAUUCAAGCUCAUAACCACUGUCCUUGUUUAGCAUCCACACAUAAUACUUACCAUUGCAACUAUCAUAUGCCAGUGAAACCACCAACCAAUACUUGUCAAUGUAAAGAGAUGGAGUUAUUCCAUAAACAUCAACCUCAAAAUGCAGUUGAUAAAAAAACUUGGUCCAUAGAAAAGUAUGAACAAAAUAAAAACCAUGACUGCAUGGAGGUGGAAAAGCAAAAUAACGUUAAAGAAAAGAGAGAGCCCACUGUAUCAGAUCUCUUUAAGAUUAUCAAACUUCAGAAUGAACAGUUACAGCUUCUUCAAGAGAAGGUUGACAAGUUCAUAUCAGCUAAUAAUAGUAAACCAGACAAUGUGCGACAAAACUGCAUGACAGAGCAGAUAGCUCUUGAAACAGUUGAAAACCAACAUAAGAUAUCAAUAGGGGUAAUGACCAGUUUCGAAAUGGUUAGAACUUCUAGAGUGAUCAACAAAGAAAUUGUCACACAGACAACAGAUAAUGCUCAGAUACAGUGUAAUAGAUCUCAGAUCAGCAUUAAAGAGGUGGUAUCUACCACUCAACCGGUUCAUUUAAACUUUCUGGAUGGUAUUAUACCUUCUGAAAGAGCAGCUUUUAGCAAUAGAGAAGAUAAUAAUUCUCAGAGUAUCAACUGUGGAGCACAGUACACAGAGAACUUGAAUGAUGACAAAACAUUGAAUGAACUCAGCUUAUACAAUGUCCAAGUGGACAAUGCUACAACUCCACUCAUUUCUCCUGAGCAGAGCUUGUAUCUGGAUGUGAGGGACUAUAGCGACUCAGAUUCCAGCAGUGAUGACCAUUCCAAUGUUGGAUGGACUUAUUAUAAUAAAGUAAUGACACGUGUGAAUGGAGUGCUCCAAGACUCUGAGAUGCCAUCUUCAGCCAGUGCACUUCAGAGGAAUACACAGCAACGUGUGCAGAUGCAAAUUGACAAAACCAAUCUUAGUGUUACUAAAAGGGUGAAGUUUGGAGAUGACCCUCUCGGCAUUCAUCAGCCACACGUGAGAGCAGCUAGCACCGACACCAGUCUGAAGAUGAACCAGUUGGCUGCUAAGUACCUGAGCGGUGGGACCUUCACACCAGUGUUGCAGCCACCGCCGUCAUUGAAGCCCUCUGCUAUGCCCAUUGACAUGUCCUUUGCUACACGAAAUUAUAUGGAGAGGCAUCGACUUUUGCAUGGUACUCCACACUCUUCACGAUCGCCCCCAGCAGGUGAGAUGCCAAGAUUUCUAGACAUUACUGCCUUGAAGCAGCAACCUAAGUUAUUAUAGUGACAGUAUACAAUUAAUUUAUAUUUUACAUAUUGUUAGACUAUUGUUUUUGUAAAUAAAAGAACAUAAUAUUGAA